AUGGCGUCGGUGCAAGCUCCGCCUGCGGUGCAACACCCAGGUGCGCCGAUGCCUGCCGGCGCAACCAAGCAGCAAGCCGAGGAAGUCUUCAGGAAGCUGAAGCAGAUGAAAGAGCAAGGCGUCCCUCCCACGGACCCCGAAUAUGUCAAGGCCUCCCACUUCUUGAUGAACUUCCAACAACAACACAACAUGCGCAGAACCCAACAACAGUUCAUGCAACAGCAGCACCAGCAGAUGCCAAAUGGUGUUUCAGGCGGCCGACCGCAACAAGGCACUCCUCAACCGGCGCAAACCAACGCUGGCCCUCAAGGCGUUCCCGCAACUACAGCACAGACACCCGGCGCUGUUUCCACUGCCCCAUCUGCUCCAGGCUCUGGCUCAAAUCAGUUCAGUCAACAACAGCUUGCUCUUUUGAGGCAACAGAUCCACGCAUUCAAACUUCUCGGCAAGAAUGCUGGUGUUUCUGUUCAGUUGCAGCAGGCUAUCUUUAAUCAAAGACAGCGUCGGCAGGCUUCUGCCAUUGAUGCCAUCUCGAACUCUGCCAAGACCGUACACUCAAGUCAGGAUGCCGAGAAGGCACCUUCAGCAGGACCAGAGAUGCCAACCGACGAAGAACCUCCCAUACCCAAAGCUUACACGUACAAGUCUGUCAAAUCGCCCUAUGGUACGAGCAUGAUUCGACACUCGAUCAGAUACCUUGAUCAUGCGCAGCGCAAGAACCGUUGGUUCAUUCCGGGCGUCUUUCCGACUGGUAUUGACUUCGACCACCUCCGGUACGAGCGAGAAGUUGUCAUAUUUAAUCGAAUGAGCCAACGCUACGCUGAGCUCAAGAAUCUACCGGCAAACUUGGCUCACUGGGACUCCACAAAAGAGACAUUGGAGGCCGAUGACACGCUAAAGCGAAAAGCCAUAAUCGAAAUGAAGAGCCUUGCUUUGUAUGCUAAGCAAAGGGCCCUUCGGGAGAAAAUCGGCCGACAAAUGAUGCAUUAUGAUAAUUUGGCCAUGACAACGAACCGAAGUCAUUACCGCCGAAUGAAGAAGCAGAACGUGCGUGAGGCUCGCAUCACUGAGAAGCUUGAGAAGCAACAGCGUGACGCCCGCGAAAAUCGAGAGAAGAAGAAGCACAGCGAUUUCCUGCGUGCCAUCUGUCACCACCGCGCUGAAAUCCAAGAGAGUGCCAACUCUCAGAAGACCAAGUCGCACAAGCUCAGCCGUCUCAUGUAUGCCCAACACUUCAAUAUCGAGAAGGAAGAACAGAAGCGUAUAGAGAGAACGGCCAAGCAGCGUUUGCAGGCUCUGAAGGCCAAUGAUGAGGAGGCGUAUCUCAAGUUGCUUGACCAAGCCAAGGACACUCGUAUCACACACCUGCUCAAGCAGACGGAUGGUUUCUUGCACCAACUGGCGUCGUCGGUUCAGGCCCAGCAACGCCAUGCUGCCGAGGCCUACGGUGAUGAUGCCGAGCCAUUCGUUGAAGAAGAGAGUGACGACGACGACGAGGAGAGUGGCAAGAAAAUCGACUACUACGCGGUUGCACAUCGCAUCAGAGAAGAAGUUACCGAACAGGCCAGCAUUUUGGUUGGUGGUACCUUGAAAGAGUAUCAGAUCAAGGGUCUACAAUGGAUGAUAUCUUUGUACAACAACAACCUUAAUGGUAUUCUUGCUGAUGAAAUGGGUCUGGGAAAGACCAUUCAGACCAUCAGCUUGAUCACCUAUUUCAUCGAGCGCAAGAUGCAAAGUGGACCUUAUCUCGUCAUUGUACCUCUGAGUACCCUCACCAACUGGAACCUCGAAUUUGAAAAGUGGGCACCGUCUAUCAGCCGAAUUGUCUACAAGGGUCCUCCAAACGCCAGAAAGCUACAGCAGGAGAAGAUACGACAAGGUCGAUUCCAGGUCCUCUUGACCACGUACGAAUAUAUCAUCAAGGACCGACCGAUUCUCAGCAAGAUCAAGUGGUUUCACAUGAUUAUUGAUGAAGGCCAUCGUAUGAAGAACAGCAACUCUAAACUCAGUGCCACUAUUCAGCAGUAUUACACAACUCGCUUCCGAUUGAUUCUCACUGGCACCCCUCUUCAGAAUAAUCUUGCGGAGUUGUGGUCUAUGCUGAACUUUGUUUUGCCCAAUAUUUUCAAGUCUGUCAAAACUUUCGACGAGUGGUUCAAUACGCCAUUUGCCAAUACCGGUGGUCAAGAUAAGAUGGAGCUUACCGAAGAAGAGCAAAUUCUUGUCAUUCGUCGUCUGCACAAGGUCUUGCGACCAUUCUUGCUUAGACGUUUGAAGAAAGACGUGGAAAAGGACCUGCCCGACAAGACCGAAAAGGUGAUCAAAUGCAAGUUCUCUGCCCUCCAGGCGAAGCUGUACAAGCAAAUGGUUACACACAACAAGUUGGUGGUAAGCGAUGGCAAGGGUGGAAAGACCAAUGCUCGUGGUUUGAGCAACAUGAUCAUGCAGCUCCGCAAGUUGUGUAACCACCCGUUCGUCUUUGACGAAGUUGAGAAUGUCAUGAACCCUAUGAGCAUCAGCAACGACCUGCUAUGGAGAACAGCUGGCAAAUUUGAGCUUUUGGACCGCAUCCUACCCAAGUACCAGGCCACGGGACACCGAGUCUUGAUGUUCUUUCAGAUGACGGCAAUCAUGGACAUCAUGGAGGAUUAUCUGCGGUACCGGAAGUUCGAGUAUCUGCGCCUUGACGGUACAACAAAGUCUGAUGAACGAUCAGACCUUCUCAAAGAAUUCAAUGCCCCUGACUCGAAGUACUUCAUGUUCUUACUCUCCACUCGUGCUGGUGGUCUUGGUUUGAACUUGCAGACCGCAGAUACCGUCAUCAUCUACGACUCUGAUUGGAAUCCUCACCAGGAUUUGCAAGCUCAGGACCGCGCUCAUCGUAUCGGUCAAAAGAACGAGGUGCGAAUUCUUCGUUUGAUCAGCUCAAACUCAGUCGAAGAGAAGAUCCUGGAACGUGCCAGGUUCAAGCUGGAUAUGGACGGCAAGGUCAUCCAAGCCGGUCGAUUCGACAACAAGUCCUCGGAAACUGACCGCGACGCUAUGCUUCGAACCCUACUAGAGAGCGCAGAUAUGGCUGAAAGCGGAGAACAGGAUGACAUGGAAGAUGAAGAACUGAAUAUGAUGCUUGCACGUUCUGAUGAUGAAAUCACAGUCUUCCAGAGGAUUGAUGAAGAACGUGCUCGGGACCCUGUCUACGGUAUUUCAGCUGGUGCAAAGGCUAAGCCUAGACUCAUGGGAGAAGAUGAGCUGCCCGACAUCUAUCUGAACGAGGGCAAUGUGGUUGAAGAGGAGACUGAGGACCUUGUGCUUGGCCGUGGUGCUCGUGAGCGCACCAAGGUGCGCUAUGACGAUGGCUUGACAGAGGAGCAAUGGUUGCUGGCGGUGGACGAUGAUGAGGACUCACCCGAGGCCGCGGCCGCCCGCAAACAAGCUAGAAAGGAUAAGCGAGAAGCAAACAGGCUCAAGAAGAUGGCGCUGAUGAACUCGAUUGAUAACUCACCUUCAGCCAGCCGCGCGAGCACGGAAGAGAUCGAGACGCCGAAGAAGCGUGGUCGCAAACCUGGCAGCAAAAACGAGAAACGCAAAGCAGAAGAUGGCGAUGAAGAGCCGCCCGCCAAGAAGCGACGGGGUCCGCAAGGUCGACCAAGCAAGGCCGGGUCAGCCGCGGCUGAUUCCAAAGUCAGUCCUCAACAGCGUGAACUUUUACAAAAGAGUUUGCGAGCCAUCUAUGAUGCCAUGAUGAAUCUGGAGGUGGACGACAUUGAACCCCUGGCUGAAGACGACGAGUCGGAUGCUGGCAAGCGCCUGAUCAUCGGCCCGUUUAUCAAGCUACCGCCCAAGAGAGACUAUGCCGACUAUUAUGUGAUUAUCCAGAACCCCAUCUGCAUGAAUCAAAUCCAAACCCGCAUUAAAAAGGAAGAGUACUCCAGCCUCAGCGAUUUGCGAAAGGAUUUCCAGCUCAUGAUUCGCAACUGCCAGACGUACAACGAGGAUGGCAGCAUUCUCUACCAGGAUGCCAAGACUAUGGAGGAGUUUUUUAACAAGAAGUUUCAAGAGGAAAUAGAAGCUCAUGCCGAAUUGCAGGAGCUGGAAGCAGGCAGCAAAGCAGGAUCUGCUGCGCCAUCGGGCCAGGGAACAAGCACACCACAGCCAAGCGGCGGUACUAGAAUCAAGAUCAUUUCCAGCAAUGCCCGCGCGAGCGAGGCUGCCAACGGCGCCAAGUCGUCUGCUCAGAGUGACGAGGAAUGA